AUGUUUGCUUUCCAAUUUGGAAUUGGUAUAGGAGCUUUGGCAAAAUCUGAGCAUCUUUGCAAUACAAUUUCUGGUGCUCCAAAUAUUCAAAAGAUGUACCAGAAUGUUGAAGAUUUACAUGGAUCAGUUAAAAAUUUGCCCAUGUCUUGCACUUCUAAAAUGGAACCAAGUCUGUGUUUCUUCCCUCAACAUGUCGUUCCAAAUGUCGAGACUCCACUAUUUAUAUUCAAUUCAGCAUAUGACUCUUGGCAGAUCAACAACAGUUUGAUUCCUUCAGAUCUCGAUCCUCAGCAUGUUUGGGAUCAAUGCAAGAAUCAAAUAAAUAGUUGCACGUUUAGCCAACGUACAAUUAUUAAAGAUUUUGGAGUGGAGUUCAUGAAGGCAUUUGGUGGAGGUACCCCUAGUUCUACAAGGGGUUAUUUUAUCACCUCUUGUCAUAUUCAUCAGGAUAUUAUAUGGGACAAGUAUUGGUUCGAUACUUCCGGUCCAACAAUAUAUAAUAAGACAAUUGCAGAAGCUGUGGGUGAUUGGUUCUUCGAUCGGACCGGAAAUCAUCAACAUAUCGACCCAUAUCCCUUUGCUAGGGAUUGCUACUGA